AGGCAGCGUGUGUGGCAGCAGGCAGGGCACUUACCAUAUUUAAACAAGAGGAAUUACUAGGGAAACGGGAGCGCUACUAGGGGGGAAUAGAAGGGAUUUUUAACAAACCGGGAAGGUUUCGGCAGAAUAGGGAGGCAGGAUCCCUCACAUCACAUCCUUUAAAUCUUAAAAAGAGAGGAAAAAAAAGUUUAAAGACGAAACAUUUCUAAAUUUCUUUAAUUGCCUGUUCUCUAACGUAAAAUUUUAAAAAUCGCAAAACAAACUAAAUAUUGCAUAAGUUUAGUACAGCACUGAACCAUAGCUAACUAAUAAAAUGAGUUUUCUAAGUGCAAACCUGUCAUGUCUGUUGCAAUGCUGUGUCUACGUCUCGUUCCUCCUGUUACCUGUGUGGACAAGUGCAUUCAAUGAGGACAUCGAGGUGUUGGUCAUUCUGCCAAAAAACAACUCCUACUUGUUCUCAAUUUCGAGAGUCACGCCAGCUAUAGAGUAUGCACGGAGGAAAUUGAGAUCCGAUGUAGGACUCUACUCAGGAUUCAAUUUCAAUGUUCACUAUGACAAUUCCGAUUGCGGCAACGAGGCACUUUUCAAUUUAGUGGACAGGUCGUGCAAGAAGAAGCCAGACCUCCUUCUCGGACCCGUGUGCGAGUACGCCGCCGCGCAGGUGGUGAGGAUGGCGUCGCACUGGAAUAUCCCCGUUAUUUCCGCAGGUGCUUUAGCUACGGGUUUCAGCAACAAGGAGAAGGAGUACUCGCAUCUAACCAGGGUGGCUCCUUCUUACCUGAAGAUGGCGGAGACCUUCUCCGCGAUGUUCCAUCACUUCGGCUGGAAGACGGCGCUUUUCAUCUUCGACGAUGACAAGGAGGAAAGGAACUGCUUCUUCACCUUGGAGGGCGUCCACAACAUCCUGCACUCGGAAGAUUACAAAAUAGACAUCUUUGAAAUUCACCCCAAAGAUUACAGAGUGGAUACCGAGGAGAUCAUAAAGUACAUCUACGAAAGCGAAGUCGUCAUAAUGUGUGCGGGCGCCAAUGUCAUCCGAGACAUCAUGCUGGCCGCCCAUCGACGGAUGCUCACCUCCGGCACCAACGUCUUCUUCAACAUCGAGCUCUUCAACUCCUCAUCGUAUGGGAACGGGUCUUGGAAGAGGGGAGACAAAUACGACGCAGAGGCUAAGCAGGCGUACGCCGCCCUCAACACCGUGACGCUCCUGCGCUCCGUCAAGGAGGAGUUCGAGAACUUCUCCGUGGAGGUGAAGAAGGCCUCACAGAAGGCAGGAGUCUACGGCUACGAGGACGGGGACAAUGUGAAUAUGUUUGUGGAAGGAUUUCAUGAUGCUUUGCUCCUGUAUGCCCUGGCGCUGGGGGAGGUGAUGAAGAAUGGAUCCAACAAGAAAGAUGGAGCACAGAUCACACACCGCAUGUGGAACAGAACCUUUGAAGGAAUCGCUGGCCAGGUGUCCAUAGAUGCCAACGGAGACAGAAGUGGAGAUUUCUCUGUGAUGGCCAUGACAGACCACGAGGCAGGCACCUUCGAGGUGGUUAUGAACUACUUUGGUAUCAACGGCAGUAUUCAGAUGCUGCCAGGGUUCAGCAGAGAACGCUUCACCUUGAAGGACAGACACCGAAACCCUUUCCCGGAGCACCCCAACAAAUCAUCAGGUGGACUAGGGGUAUCUGCAGUGACAGGGAUCAUUGUCGGAGCACUUCUGGGCACAGCAAUGCUAAUAUCAUUCUACUUUUUCAGAAAGAAUUACAGGAUAACCAUUGAGCGGCGGACGCAACGCGAGGACUGCAACAUUGGGAAGCACCGGCAAUUGCGGGAAGACUCCAUCAGGUCCAACUUCUCCGCGGCGUAGAGCCUCCCGCACUGCAGGGGGGGCCCCUGCCAGGGAACCGCCAUGGAAUGUGACCAAAGACUCUCCAAGCCGGUCGAAGGGACUCCUGUUAUUUAAAAACAUACUGUAGUGUUGUUAUUAUUAUUUUUUUUAACCUCUAUUCGUUUGACUCUCAUAAACUCAGGAAAGUUGUACCACUUGCGUGGUGCUGCUUUGCAAGGCAUUACGCUUGUUUAGAGAACAAGAGGAGGAUGCAUUCGAAAUCUGUAGGGGCUUUAUUUCUUCAUGAUCAGAAGGCCAGUAUCUACACUAAGGUCAGGAGUGGGCUAGCGCUAAGUACAAAGAAACACACACACACACACACACACACACACACACACACACAUGUCUGGAAAAGGCAUCACCCUCUGAGAGUAACAUUGCUAAAUAAAUUCAUUUCACACCCAUUGGGUUAAAGUGAGUAACUGGAUCAUCCUUCAUUCUACCAAAGGCUUAUUUCAUCCAUGUCAUUCGCACACAUUUAUAAAUACUAGAACGUCUACAUGGUGGAGAAGUUUUGACAAAGGAAUGUAUGUCUUUCUGUGAGUCAUGGUGGAAUUUUAACACAGCAGUGAAGUGCUGUACGCAGCAGUCCGGCAUGACGCCCAUGUGUGUAUAACACUGUCUGCAUGCCGUUAUGCCACAGCGAAGGCAUCCUGUACUGAUAAUUGGGGCAAAUGGUGUAAUUGUGAUUGUAAUUCCUAAAUUGCCUAGAAAUGCAAGAACUGAAUAGGAGCUGGGCGUCCCAAGUUUGAGUUGUGUAAUUAGUAUUUUAAGGGAAAUGGCACAUAAUUUAAACAUGUCAGAGUUAAAAUAUAGUUUUAUUUAUCUCAGGCAUAUUUUUUAAAUCUUCAAACAAGAUUAAAUUUUUUUUUUCAGAUUAUACUCAAUAAAAUGCUUGUUAUGGCCCUAAUACAUUUUUAAUGGAAACCUUAUUUUUCACCUGGUUUUUGUAUUAAAAGAGAAGAAUAGUUCAAUAUUUUGUAUGUUGAAAAUUAUUUUCUUGUCUUACAUUGUUUUAUGGGAUGUAGUUGUAGCAUCUGGUAAAGCUUUUAUGAUUAUUUUUUUUGUUUCAGAAAAACAAAACAAAAUUCACCUUGUUUUCAAUGGACGUUUGGAGUUACUCACCAGACCAGGAAAAGCAUGAACAUUUUAUGAAAUCAAAAUCUAGUAUUUAUAUAUUUGAAGUAAUGCGUGAAAAACGGUGUGAUACAUACUGGUAUUUUGUACCUCCAGCAUUUUCUUCUCAUUUGUCUUAAAAACCAGUAUAAUGUCAAUUAGAUGCAAUCAUUCAAUGAGGAAGACGAUGACUUAUGGAAGGUGCGUGUUAAAUGUCGCCUCUUUGCUAUCUAUCCUCAAGUCGCGUUAAGCACGGCCCUUUUCAUUUGACAUUUGUGGCUCAUUUCACGGCGGCUAGAAAGUCUGGAAACGGAGCCGAAGUUUUACGGAGACUUUAUUACCAUUAAAGAUGUAAGAUUAAAGAGCGACAGCUGCUCGCACCAGAGCGGUGAGUUUGUAAGGCGCGGCGCUACCUUUGAUGUCUCCGCUUAGUGGGACACCAGUGAAUUCCUCUCCUCGCUCAUUGAGUUCCAAGUUCCGGUGUUUUUGGCCCUCGUCGUUCAAGGCGUGGAAUGAAAGGGCACGCGCGUCCCUCCUCUGGCAGGGGAAUAGACGGAAACGCGGCCAGUCGUUUCGGGAGGAGACGUAUAUCGGAUGAUAUUGAUGUAACAAUAACGCCCAUUAUUUCAGCUUCCUGACUGUUUCCACUUUCCCCCCAGAGUCAAUUUUGACCAUCUACAAAGGGACAUUUUUUGUUAUAUGCCAGAGCAAAUUAGGAGGGCUAGAUUUUUGGCUGACUUACUUUAUGUUUGAGAAGACUUUCUUUUUUUUUAUGAGGGUAGUGUCAGUUGGAAAAAUAAUAACAUGAAAAAUUUUACCUGCCAAAAAUGAGCUGGCAAGAUUGAAGUUGGGCUGAACACAGAGGAGUAGUCAUUGCAUGUCUUACAUAAGGUAAAUACAUUUUCCGAAGCUUUUUAAUAUGGAAUAUCCUAGCAUUUCGGUAUCCAGAGCCUUGGCUUUCAAAUGACACGACGUUGAGUGAAAUUUCAGUCAGAUUUUCAACAUUAUCAUUCUAAAGCUGUUUAGUGAAAGGCUGCCUCUUUAUAAACAAAACAGGCAUUUGUCCCAGUGCAUGCCUGAUUCCUCCGAGAAUUUAGAUGAUUUAAUCUGACGUGGUUAAGGCCACCCUUUAGAACUCACUUUAGUUCUGUAGUGUUACUAAGUACUUGGAACAAAUUGUCUUUCUUCUGCGAUUCAUCUGUUCCUCAUCCAAAAAAACAUAAUGAAAAUCUGGAAUCACACAGAAGGAUUUAAUAUGCACAUUCUCCUUUUCAAUUCCACCUGUUCCUGUUUAUUUUGUCCUUUUGUCUGUGUAAGUACUGUAAUUCAGCACUUUAUGCUUAAACAGGGAAAUGUGUAAUGCCUGUCAUUCGGAGUAACAGUUAUUUCCGUUUUUCUAUCCAUACCGUUGGAAAUAUUUGCUGUUUGCAUUUUCAAUAUUUUCAGAGCGCUAAAAAAAUAUGGGUUACUUCUUGCAAGCAUUUCCUGGUAAUUCCUGCAACCCCGAACAGGUUAAGUGCUUAGAAUGUGGAUGGAUGUAUGAAUUUUGCGAUACCGAUUCAUAGAAAACAGGAAAUGUGCUGACACACACAGCACAGGUUCUUAACCUACACAUUCUAGCUCCAGAAUGUUAAAAAUAAAAAGCGGGAACCAUCAGAGCUAUAUAGUGCCUAAAGUUGAAAAAUGUAUUUUGCUAGAAAAUAUUUAAAGAAAUAUAUUAGCACAUUAACAUCUGAAAAUAUGUAACAACAGUUAACAAUAUACAUGAAUGUGUAUUAAGUUAUGAAGUAUAUAGUGAAUUUGCAUUACAUUUAUACAGAAGUAUAUUUCAGUCUUGCCUUCGCAAUAGUAACACAUACUGUUUUUGCUUUAAUUAGCUAGUCUUAAUGUCAUAAAUGUCUCACUUUUACAAAUUACCCACAAACCAAAAUAUUUUACUUUUCCAUGUGAGGUUCCAUGCAACCAUAUUACCCAGACCCCCUCAGAAAAAAAAAUAUAUAUAACACUCAUGCCAUUAAUCCAUUAAUAUAACUUGGGUACUGUUGCUGGACAGUGGAUUUAACAUUCACCGUAACAGCAUAUGGUGUCUUAAUACAUGUUGUUUGAGUGCUAGAUAUGUGUUGAAAAGAGGAUGGAGGAUUUGUCUGUGUCUGACUUUGGCUCUCCCACCCCCUUGUGCUCUUGAGAGAUUGGCCACGCCCCUCUGUAGAUAUUUACUUCCUGUAUAGAUUCACACAGACACUUUACUUUAACCAAUCGGGUUAAAGCGUAUGUUUUUAAACCAUAUUCAUAAUAAGAUGAAAACUCAAUGGUAUAGAAUAUAUAUAUAUAUAUAUAUAUAUAUAUAUAUAUAUAUAUAUAUAUAUAUAUAUAUAUAUAUGAUUAGAAUCCUGUUCAUUUUAACUUCCAUUUAUUAUGUAUGAGUGUGUUACACUGCCAUAAACUAAGCAGAAGACAUUAAAUGCUAAUGAGAAUCUUUGUUUCAGCAUUCAGUAAAUAACUCCUUCCAGGUAUUUUUUACUGUGCUAAAUAAGCUUGGUGGUGUUUGUUUUAUAAGCUUUUGAAAGCAGGGCUUUGAAAGAAUGAAACAGAGGAAAAAAUCAGUAUGUUUUUUUCGGAACCCAGGGCUCCUGAGAUUCAUAAACGCGUGAACGUCGGCACGCUGAAUAAUUCUGAACGUACAUCCUGUACAUUAACUCUGUUCACAUACCUCUAAAAAAUGUGAAACAUCAUGUGUUUGAAACAAUUUCAGACUGUAUAAUAUGUAUACGUCGAAAUAUUUGGGGGUUUCCUUCAAGCUGUGGGUCAGGGUUUCAUAGAUGUGUUGAUUUAAAACAAAAGAAGUCAUUCCUUAAUGUUAAGGAAAUGGCUAUGAAGAGGAUCCACAUACUGCUUAGCCUAUUGGUGAAAUGUUUUGAUGUAAGUAAAAAUAUCUGCAUAUAAUGUGAUAUUUAUUGAAGCCUUAUUUUGUAGAAAUUUUAUAUUCCUGCCUGUAGAUUUAACCCUUUGGUUUGCUCUUGUAUAUAUUUGACUCUGUUUUGAGAAGUUAUUUCUAAAUAUUUGCCUUUUCAUCAGUCAUCUGACACGUCUACAUUGCUCUGUAAACAUUUCUUGUAGAAAUAUUUAGUUAUUUCAAUCACCAACGUAUAUUGACGAAUAAAAAUGUAAAAUUUGA